AUGCGAGAAGGAGAAGCGCAGGAGAACGGCGGAGCUAAGAGACCGAGGGUCACUAGUCUGAUUGAGAAGAGCCGUCCAGACGACAACGGAAUCGUAACCAACGAGCGGGGCAACAACGAGAGUGAUACUAAGGAGGGUGAUAAUGACGCAGAUCCAGCCCUGCGAGCAGACAAUGCCAAGGGGGACCCUGACACCCGUAAGCCAGAGUCCACAGUAUCGAAGUCGCGGAUAACGGGUACGGCCGGUGACGCCACGUUCGACGAGGAUAAAGAGACCGAAAAGGAUCUUGCCGGUUCGAUUUCUCCGUCGACAGCCGUGGAUGGAAAGAGAGCAACGAAUCUCGACCGUGCAACCGCGACCGCUGCUACUAGCGGUACAGCGUCAGCUUCUAACGCGGACAUUAUGGCCGCUACAGAGACAACAUUCAUCAAUUCUAGCACUGCGGACAUCAGCGAUCCACCACGUCAGCACCUUGACGCAUCUGACGGUGUCGAUUCGUCCCGUCCGACGUCCGGUCCCCUUGCAUUCCCCACCGCUCCUCUUACCGCGGACAAACCUCUUCGAGAUGUUGACCAGGAGUUAAUAACGCGUACAAUCGCUCCGUCUGCUGAAAUUUCGGCGUCUCCGCCUGCAGUAGCGGCGGGGAAGGGGGACGCGGGAGUAUCCGCGGCAGGGGAAGGGGAGGCGGAAGAUUUAGCGGAAGGGGAAGGGGAGGCGGAGGAAGAGGCGAAGGAGAAGGCGGAAGUGGGUGCUCGGAAGCGGAAGGAGGAAGCGGGGGUCUCUGCUGAAGGGAAGGAAGAUGCGGAGGAGAUGGAGGAAGUGAAGGAGAAGGGAAGAGGGGGGAUGAGGGAAGAGGGAGUUGUGAAGGGAGAGCGUGUAGGGGGCAGUUGCAUUGAAGCUGACGGUAUGUUUGGAGGUGAUGCACUGGAGCAAGAAAAGAUCACGGAGGCGGAAACGGGUACCGCGCAAGGGGAGGGUCAGGCGCAAGGAAGACAUUGGAACCAGGAGCCGCAGCAGCAGCAGCAGGAGAAGCAGGAGAAGCAGGAGGAGGAGGCGGAGAAGCAAUCGGCACAGCUGUUGGCGGAGGUGGUAUCUGCAGAUAAGGAGAAGAACGCAGGGCACCAGCAGCACCAGGAGCAGCAGGAGAAGAACGCAGGGCACCAGGAGCACCAGGAGCAGCAGCUUCCUCCAGUGGUGGAGGUGGUAUCUGCAAAUGUUGAGAAGAACGCAGGGCGCCAGCAGCACCAGAAGGAGCAGCAGGAGGAGCAGCAGGAGGAGCACCAGGAGGAGCAGCAGGAGCAGCACCAGGAGGAGCAGCAGGAGCAGCACCAGGAGGAGCAGCAGGAGCAGCACCAGGAGGAGCAGCAGGAGCAGCUUCCUUCCGUGGUUGAGCUGGUCUCUGCAGGAGAAUUACCCCAGCAGGGACAGUGUGUGACACUGCCAGUAGACGCAGUCGUGUGCGUUGAACAACCGCCGCCUGCUCUGGAGUCGACUGGAAAGUCGCUGCCUACUCUGGAGUCGACUGGAAAGUCGCUGCCUGCUCUGGAGUCGACUGGAAAGUCGCCGCCUGCUCUCGAGUCGACUGGAAAGUCGCUGCCUGCAGAUGCUGUUGUGUGCAUUGAGCCGCCUGUUUGUGAUUCAACGCAGAUUGCACUGCCAGUCGAUGCAGUCGUGUGUGCUGAACAACCGCCGCCUGCUCUAAAAGGUUCAACGCAAGAUCCGCUUCCGCUGGACGCAGUCGUGUGUGUUGAAGCGCCAGCUACUGAUUCAAUUCACAAGUCACUGCCAGUCGGUGCUGUCAUGUGCGUUGAACAACCGCCGCCUGCUCUAGAAGGUUCAAUGCAAGACACGCUUCCGCUGGACGCAGUCGUGUGUGUUGAAGCGCCUGCACCUGAUUCAACUCAGAAGCCACUGCCACUGGAUGCUGUCGUUUGCGUUGAUCCGCCUGCUCUAAAAGGUUCAACGCAAGACACGCUUCCGCUGGACGCCGUCGUGUGUGUUGAAGCGCCUGCUCUCGCACGUGGACCGAUUGCCCCUGCUCUGCCCGUUGCACCGUCUCCUUUGGCAGUGCUACCGGCCUACACACCUGCUGUGACUGUGGUAUCUGUUGACGCUGAUUCGUCCCAGCAGACGCUGCUGCCGCCGGCAGUGGUGGAGGUGGUUUCAAGUGGGGUUGAUGAGUCAGGCUCCGCUGCUGCUGUGCUGCCAGUUGAUCCACCUGCUGUGACCGUGGUAUCUGUUGACGCUGAUUCGUCCCAGCAGCCUCUGCUGCCGCCGCCACCGCCAGUGGUUGAGGUGGUUUCGAGUGGGGCUGAUGGGUCAGGUUCGGCUGCUGCUGUGCUGCCGGCCUACACACCUGCUGUGACGGUGGUAUCUGACGACGCAGAUUCGUCCCAGCAGACGCUGCUGCCGCCGGCUGCUGUUGUGGUGACAGUUGACCCCUCUGCUGUGACGGUGGUAUCUGACGACGCAGCGUCCUCCGAACAGCCUCUGCUGCCGCUGCCUCCAGCAGUGGUUGAGGUGGUUUCGAGUGGGGCUGACGGUUCAGCCUCUGUUGCUGUGCUUGCAAGUGAGGCUCUGCUGACUGCCAGUGGGAUCGUCAGUGUUGUGCGCGCUGGCAGUGAGGAGGGGGCACGCGAGGAGCAGGAAGAGGGGACAGGCGGUGAGCUGGUGGAGGAGGGGAAGGAGGAGGAGAAGUCAGUGCCUGCUGCUGUGCUUCAUCCGGGGGAGGCUCUGCUGACUGCCAGUGGGAUCGUCAGUGUUGUGCGCGCUGGCAGUGAGGAGAGGAUGGGCGCGGAACAGAAAGAGCUGGAGAGGAGUAGGAAUGCAGAGCAUGCGAAGGCAGUGAGUAGAACGGUAGAGGAGGGGGAAAAGAUGCAGGAGAAACAGGAGGAUGAAAGUGAGCACAAAGGCGCGGUUUCGGAGGAGGAGACGAAUGGAGAGGGGCAGGCGAAGCGGGCACAGGAGGAGCAGGCACUACCUGUGAAAGAGGGAGCCUCGGGCCGGGAGGAUGCUGAGGGGGAGAAGGAGAAGGAGAAGGAGAAGGAUAAGGAUAAGGAGAAGGAGAAGGAGAAAGAGCAAUUGAAGGAGGCGAAGGAGAAGGAGGAGGGGAAGGAGAAGGGGAAGAAGACGAGGGGGGUAGAGGGUGGCGAUGGCAAGGGGGGGUUGUUGGAAUGUAGCAAGGGAGAGAAUGAGGCACUUGAGUUGACUCAAGCGGAUGGUGAGGAGGUGGAGGAGAAGGGUGGCGACGGGACGAGCGAUGAGGGAGUGGUGGUGGGGAAUAGGAAGGGUGGGGAGGAGAGGGAUGAGAAGCUCGUUGAGAGCAAAAGCAAGAGGGCAGCUGGGGGUGAUGGGAGUGGUGAGAAUGAAGACGUAGGUGAGAAGGACGAGAGAGGUGUACGAGAUGAGGCUGCAAGCGAUGAGGUGAGGGAAUUGGGGGAAGAGGAGGGAGGAUUGGGGAAACAGGAUGGUACCAUUAAGGAUGCGGAAGGGAUGGAGGUAGAUGAGAAGAGGGGCGAGGAGAAGGGAGAGGAGAAGGGAGAGGAGAAGGGAGGGGAGAGUGGAGGGAGAGAGGAGGAGAUGGAGGAAGGGAAGGUGGAGAAGAGAGAGGAGGGAGGGAAGGAGAAGGGAGAGGAGCAAGAGAAUGAGGAGAAGGGAGUGGAGGGAGAGGAAGGAGGAAAGGAGGAGAAGAGUGGAGAGGGAGGGGAUUCGAUGGAAGGGAAUGCGGGUGUUGCUGAAGGAGAUGGUGCUGCGAGUGGCAAUGCCGAUGCCUCACAGAUAGUCCUUGGUGCUGAGGGGGACGAUGCAAUGAUGAUUGAUGAGAAGAGAGGAGAGCAGAGGCACGUGGCAGAAGGGAGUAGAGAGAGGGAAAGGCGAAAAGAUGCCGAGGAGGAAGGGAGCAAGAAGGGCGAAGGCGAGGGUGGUAGAGGGAGUCAGGAGCUGACUUUGGCUUCGACCGAAGAAGGGAAGGAGCCUGAAGGAGUGGGUUUAGCUGCAGCGACGGAUAGCCCUAUAGUUCCCACUCCAACUGAUGCAGAUGCUCCUGCUGCUGCUGCUGCUGCUGCUGCUGCGGAUUCUCCUGCGGAAGCAGCAGCUGCAGCAGCAGCUUUUCCUGGUGCGGCAGGUCCAGCUACAGAGGGUGUGGGGGGGGUGGUUACAAAGAGGAACGAGGGGAGGAAGAUGCGGGAGUGGGACGAGCGGAUGCAUGCAUGGGAUGGCAUCAUGCGCGCAUGGCAUGGCCGCAUGGUGGCGUGGACUGGGGUCAUGGAUGCUUGGAGGGCGCACAGACGAGAGCAGAGGAGGAAGCAGAGACGGGAACAGAGGCGGGCGCAGAAGCAGAAGCAGAAGGAAGAGCAGAAGGAAGAGGAGACAGCAGAGGAGAUGGCAGAUGAAAAGGGGCGUGUUGCGGCUGCUGCUGGAGCCAGCAGCGAUACUUAUGUUUCUGGGGAUGAUAGUGACUCCUGUGGUAGUGACAGUAGCGAGGAUGAUACUACUGAGUUCCAGAAGCAACGGCUGGUCGAGUUCUGCAGGCACGCAGCAGAGCAGGAGGAGAAUCUCUGGGUUCCUGCUACAGCUGCUACAGCUUCUGGGUUUCCUGCAACGGCUGUUGGGGUUGCUGGAGUUGCUGGGGCAGCUGGGGCUGCUGGGGUUGCUGCGGUUGCUGGGCUCGCGGGUGAGGAGAGACCAUCUGGUACCGAGCUAGCAAUAGUGCCUGUGGAAACAGGCUAUGAGGGGAAUGCUGGCUACGAGGGGAAUGAGCUGUAUGAGCGCGCGCUGGUUGCUGCAGGAGGAGUGUAUGGGGCGGGUGAGGAGCAGAGAUUAGGGAGUGGGGGUGUGGGAAGGGGAGGGAUGGGGGUGGGGGAGAGUAGAGGAGGGAGCGGUGGCGGGAAGGGGUUGGGCAGGAGCAGGCGGAGGAGCAAAGGCAAGGCCGUGGAGGGGAGUCCAGGGAAGAGGACCAGAGAGGAUGCUGCAGCAGAUGCAUGGGAGCAUCAGCAGCUGCCGCAGCAGCACCUUCACCACCGCCAUAACCAGCAGCAGCAAUUGCAGGGUUACAUGGAGUACCAAGGGCAACAUUUGGGGGGGCAGGAGGCACAGAAUGGGAGCACAGCAGCAGCAGCAGCGCAGGGCCGUGGGAGUCACAACUCAGGAGGCCACGGUCGGGGGGACGGGCACAGCAGUGGCGGGGGUGGUGCCGGCGGUACUGGUGGUGGUGGUGGAGGAGGAAGCGGAGGAGGAGGAGGAGGGGGAGGAGGCGGAGGAGGCGGAACAAGUGGUGGGAAUCACGGCGCCAGCGGCCGCUCCUGGCACUUCUCCGGCUACCCAGGCGUGUCUCGGAACGGCCGGAAAUGGUCCGCUAAGGUCUCUAUGAACUCCCAACAGAGGGCCCGGUACGGGGUGUGCCAGAACAUGCACUGCGGGCAGUGGGAGGAGGUGGAGCAAGCCGCAGCCGCGGCCGAAGCGGCUUGUUUCGUGUUCAAGGGAGGGAAGGGGCGGACGUGGAAGUUUUUGACUGAGCAGCAGAGGGAGGUGUUAGGGGAAAUGGAUCCGGAUGAAGGGAUGUGGCUGAUCAAGGCGAAGAGGUGGAGGGAGUGGAAUGAGUGGUAUCCGAAUCGGACUGGGUGGGUGAAGGGGAUGGGGCUGGCGGAGAGUGGGGAUGGGCAUGGGGUGGGGGGCGCGCAGCAGGAGGGGCAGGGGGAGGGGGAGGGGAAUGAGGGGCAUGGGAUGGGGCAGGAGGGGCGGGAGGGGCAGGAGGGGCAGGAGGGGCAGGAGGGGAGAGAUGGGCAGGGAGAGGGAGAGAGUCAGGAGGGUGAGCCGAUGCUGCUGGAGUGGCAUGAGGGGUGGGAGGGUAGGCAUGCGGAUGGGCAGAGGGAGGAAGAGGAGAGUGGGCGGGAGAUGGAGAAGGAGAGGGAGGAGAAGGAGAAGGAGAGGGAGAAGGAGAAGGAGAGGGAGCAGCACAAGGAGCAGGCGAGGGAGAAGGAGAGGGAGAAGGAGAGGGAGAAGGAGAGGGAGAAGGAGAGGGAGAAGGAGAGGGAGCAGCAGAGGGAGAAGGAGAAAGAGAAGGAGAGGGAGCAGCAGGGGGAGAAGGAGAGGGAAAAGGAGAGGGAGAAGGAGGAACGCGAGCGGCUGAAGGGCAAGGAGCAAAGGCAGGACGGGUCGCGGGAGAAAGUGGAAGAAGAGGAAAAAGAAGAAAAGGAGGAAAAAGAACCUCGGGGGCUGAAACUGGAUCUGAAUGCCCAGCAGCCCCUGCACUUUUAUCCGGAGCCUCCUCCUCCCCCGUCUUUCCCUGCUCCGCCUCUUUCCGCUCCUCCUUUUUCUCCUGCAGGAUUUCCAUCCCCCCUUGUUGCAGCACCCCCCGCAUCCCAUCCAGUGCCUUUUCCCCCUUCGGCGGGAUCACAACAAGGCACACCCAUGCUACAGCAAGGCCCACCCACAUUACAUCAUGGCACGCCCACGCUACAGCAUCAGCAGCCAGUGGCGUCCAUUCGAGAGCUGCUGGCCAUGCCCCGUCCCUUCUCCGUUCCUCCCCCUCCUGCUGCUGUGGGUCACCUGCAAGGUCAGCCAAGUCAACAGCAACAGCAGCAGCAGCAGCAACAGCAGCAGCAGCUGGGGGCAAGUUUUGUUCUCUCCCUCCCACAUGCGUCCACCCCGCCACUGCACCCUCCUCCUCUCCACCCGUCUCUGCUCCCUCCCCCACAGGCCUUCCUGCAGCAGCAUGGAGGCACUCUAGGCCUCUUCCCUCCCUUGGUUCCUCCUGCCCCUCACACCAUUCCUGCUCCUGCUCCUCCUCCUGCUGCUGCUUCUGCUGGUGCUGCUGCUGCUGCUGUCACUACUCCACCUCCUACUGCCACUCCCGUUCCCACCCCCACCUCUCCCACUCCCCCCACCCCCACCGCGACCACCCUCCCGCUCUUCUCCUCUAACGAGUCAGCUCAUAACGAGGCGUGGCCGCACGAAUCGUUUAGCCAGCAUCAGCGUGUGGCGAGGAUAAGGGAGAUGCUGGGAUCUUCAUUCAGUGCGCUCAAGAGUAAAGGGCUGGGGGAGAGCUCUCUCGGCAUUGAGUCUCUGGGUGGGGGUUUUGAGACGUCUCAAAAAUCUUCAUUCAGUGCGCUCAAGAGUAAAGGCCUGGGGGAGAGUUCUCUGGGUGUUGACUCUUUGAGUGGGGGUUCCCUGGGUGGUGGUGGUGCCGGUGGUGCUGGUGGUGAUGGUGAUGGUGGUGGUGGUGGUGGGUCGUUAAGUGCUGGAGCUUCGCUAAGUGGCGGUAUGGGUUUACCGUGGGGGGGGACGAAGGCGGUUGGUGGUGGUGCUGCUGAUGGCGGUGGUGGUGGUGGCGCUGCUGCUGCUGCUUCCAGCAUCACACCUCCUCCUUUUUCUUCCCCUCCUCCUCCUCCUCUUCCUCAUCCUAUGAGCAGCUCUCAUGGUCCUAUUGGUGCUCCUACAGCUGCUGUUCCUGCUACUGCGGGCAGCAAUUCACCCUUCCCUUGGCUAUCUGUCCCCACGUCAGGGAGUGUGGUCCCACCUGCACAUUCACCUGCUCAUACCCCUGACCCGCAUGCUGCUGCUGUUGCCAGUGCUACAGCUGCUGCUACAGCCGGUGGAACCUCAGCAGACGUGCAAUCUACUGCUCCUGCUACAGAAACCACCGCAGCAGCAGCAGCAGCAGCAGCAGCAGCAGCAGCAGCAGCAGCCGCUUUGAACCCAGCGAAUCACGGGCCAAGACCAGCCUCAGGGUACCUUGGAGUGGUGAAGAGCGGUCGAAAGUGGGCCGUGCAACUUUCAAUGAACAUGAAACAGCGAGCGAGCUACUCAGUAGGCCAUAUCCUCAACUGUGGGGUAUGGGAUGAUGUUGGGGAGGCAGCAAUCGCAGCAGAGGCGGCUUAUUUGGUGCUGAAAGGGGAGAAGAUCGAGUUUAGAUUGCUAAAGCACGCUUUUCCCGGCCCUGCACCAGCAGCAGCAGCAGCAGCAGCAGCAGCAACAAGAGAAGACAGGGCCCUCCGGGAGCCGGUUACAGGAGGUGAGAAACGGCACAGGCAGAAGCAGCAUGGUCAGAACGAGUUUGCAUCGUCCCUGUCGCUAUCCUUGAACGCUUCUCCUCCCAGCGGCCAUUUGAGAGGCUCUGGGAGGAUAGCAAAGAGGGAGGAAGAGGAGGAGCAGGAGGAGGAAACUGGGAUGGCAGGGAUGGCCUCAGGCAUGGGGCAUGAGUAUCACAGACACAGGGAGAAGCAGAGGAGGCACGAGAGGGGGCAUGGGAGGGGGCAUCACGAGCGGGAGCGGGAGCAUGAGCAGGAUAGCGAGCGUGAGUUCAAGAGGGCUCGGCGAGCACAGAGUGAUGACAAUGCGGCAAGCAGAGAGAAUGAGUAUAGCGAUGCUGCUGUCACACAGCGUGAACGAGAACGAGCACAGCAUGGGAGGGAGGCGCAUCACCCCGAGUCGUCGCAAGCUCUCGUUCUGAUCGGCUCUCCAGCGCACCGACACAGCACUCCGGAGCAGCACAGCUCAGCGCUUAGUCACCGUGAGUCAGCGCCGGGCCGUGCUGACUCGGCGCCAGCAGCCAAAAGCACCCCUACAAGUGCAGACGAGAGGGACUUAGCAGAAGGAGAGGAGGGCGAAGCAGGAGGAGGUGGUGGUGCUGGUGGUGGGGGUGGGGCCGGUGGGUCGAGCCAUGUGUCUUGGGCUUCUGGGUAUUAUGGUGUGGCAAGAAACGGCCGGAAAUGGGCAGCGAAACUUUCGAUGAACGCUGACCAGAGGCAGCGGUACGCCGUAGGAAAGAGCAUCCACUGCGGGCAGUACGAGGAAGUUUUGGAGGCGGCAGCGGCGGCGGAAGCGGCGAAUUUCGUGUUCAAGGGCGGGAAGGGGCGGACGUUCAAGUUUCUGACUGAGCAGCAGAGGGAGGUGCUUGGGGAAAUGGAUCCGGAUGAGGCUAUGGUGAUGAUUAAGAAUAAGACGUGGAAGGAUUGGAAGGACUGGCGGCUGGGAGGGGUUGUGGGAGGGGGGGCGGUGGAGGGAGGGGGGAGCGGGGGAGGGGGAAGCGGGGGAGGGGCGGGAGUGGGGGAGGUGGCGGGAGGAGGGGGUGGGAUGGUGCCAGGGUCGCAGCAGCAGCAGGAGCAGGAGCAGGAGCAGCAGCAGCAGAAAGAAGAGGAGAGCAGGAAGAGACGGGAAGAGAAGAGACCCCGGCAGGAGCCUUCAGAUGCGGGAGCCCAGAGGCUCUGGAAUUGCAAUGGGGAGCAGAAGCGUGUUAAAGCGCAUCAGCCGCAGCAGCAGAAGGAGCAGCAGCACAAAGAGGAGGAGAGGAGGAAGAGAAUAGAAGAGAAGAGACAAGGGCUUGUGUGCUGGACAGAAAAUGAGAGACUGGGGCGGGACGGGGGAGAUGAGAGGGACGGAGGGGGGAGGGAGGAGGAACGGAAGGAAAGGGAGGGAGUGGUGGUGAAGACGGAAGAGGGGGAGGAAGGGGAGAUUGAAGAGGCAGAGGAAAGGGUUUUAGAAGAGGAGGAGGAAGGGGAGAUUGGACAGACGGAGGAAGGGGAGAUGGAAGAGGGGGGGGGUCGUAUGGAGGGAGGCCGGAAUGUGGGGGCAAGCAUGCUUGUGAAAAGGGAGGAGGAGGAGGAAGAAGGGGAGGAGGAAGAGGAGGAAGACGAGGAGGUGGUGCUAGUAAAAGAGUGGUAUGAGGAGGUUGAGAUGGGUGACGAGGACCAGAAGGAGGAAGAGGAGGAGGAGGAGGAGUUGGAAGGGGAGGGAGGCGAAGGGAAGGCGGUGAGAAGGGGAGCAGUAAGAAGGGAGGCGGACGGGGGAGGAGAGGAGGAAGACAGAGAGGAGGCGAUACGAAGAGAGGAGGAAGGGAGAGGAGGCGAAAAAGGAGAGGAGAGCGGUCAGAUGGUGGUAUGUGUAAAGAAAGAGGAAGAGGAGGAGGAGAUGGAAGGAGAGGAGAGAGAGAUGGCACUGGUGGCGGUGCACGAAGCAAAGGAGGAGGAAGGUGAGGAAGAGGAGGAAGAGGGGGAAUGGAGGGAUGAGAAUAAGGAAAGACAAGUGCUAGUUGUGCUAGCAAAGUCCUCCCGCUCAUCCGGAUACUUUGGAGUGGUUCGGGUCGGUUCUAAGUGGUCCGUGAACCUUUUUCUCAGCCAGGCACAGCGCACCAAGUAUGGUAUCAGAGCAUCGGCCCUCAACUGCGGGUCUUGGGAGGAAGGGGAGCUUCUAGAAGCCGCCGCAGCAGCAGAGGCGGCUUAUCUGGAAGUGGGACUGGGAAUGGGAUUAGAGGAGGGGAGGCCGUUGCAGGAGAUUGGUUUACAAGAAGAGCCUCGAGAGGUGCGUCAAGAGGUGCCUGUAGAGCCGCUUAGGGAUGUUUACCACAACAAGACCCCGGUUGUUGAGUCGACUCAAGAAGUGCCUCGAGAAGUGCCUCGAGAAGAGCCCCGAGACGUGCCUGUGGAACCGCCCAGAGAUGUUUACCACGACAAGACCCCGGUUGUUACGAAGAAGAAGCAGGCGAAUUCGUCCGGUUACAUCGGCGUUACGAAGAACUACAAUGCGUGGGCCGUUCGCGUGCCUUUAAACGCGCAGCGGAGCGCCUUAUAUGGGGUAUGCAAGAAACUGCACUGCGGGCAGUGGGACGAUCUAGAGGCGGCGGGAGCAGCAGCAGAAGCUGCAUAUUUCGUGCUUAUAGGGGAGAAAGAGAUGCAGCAGAGGGGAAACAAGCUGCGGCUUUUAACUGAGAGGCAGAAGGAGACGCUUAGGCAGAUGGACCCUUUCGAAGCAGUGAGGAUGAUCAAAGGGAAGACAUGGAAGAAAUGGAUGGAUUGGGUUCCGGAGGGAGUGGCGGGUGCUGCUGUGGGUGGCAGCGAUGUGGUGCUGCAGAGGCGAAGGUGCGACCAGUUGACUUCCCCGUUGCAGCAGCUGCCGUGUUUUGAGUCGACUCACAACACUGAAAAGGCACCUCGGCUUGUGGGUGGCAGCGAUGCGGUGCUGCAGAGGCAAAGGUGCGGCCAGUUGACUUCCCCGCUGCAGCAGCUGCCGGCGCAGGGGCACGAGCAGGAGAGGCAGCAGCAACUAGGGCAUCAGCACCCGCACCAACUCCUGCUGACGCUUCCUGGCAAUUGCCCACAGCAGCAGCAGCAGCAGCAGCAGCAGCAGCAGCAGCAGCAGCAAGGGCAACUAUUGCAAGAGCCACUCUCUCCGCCUCGCUCCUCUCUGCCCAAGGAUUCUAAGGGAGGCAUGAAGGACCUUCUGACAGGUCACUACACAAUCAGCAAGGUCAGCAAGGGCGGCAGUACUGAAGGAUCCAGUGUAGGUAUCAUGAGCAGCAAUGGCACAGGUAGUGGUGGCACAAGUAACGGUGAUAGCAGCGGCGGCGGUGACAGCAGUGGUGUUAGUAAUGCUGACAGCAAGUGGCAGGCUGUGUUGAAUUUCAGCGCGCACAAGAGCAUGCGCUUUCGCGUCCCGGAGCGGUUCGUUUGUGGGGAAUGGGACAGCUUCCGUGAGGCGGCUGCAGCAGCGGAGGCGGCGUGUUUGGCGAUCAAAGGAGAGAGGAAGAUUGCGUUUCAGGUGCUGGGUGAAAGGGAGAGGGAGGGGUUGAGAGGGUUGGGUAGGAGUGCUGUGGUGGAAGAUGGUCUGGCGCCCUUUAUACUCACGUACAGUUGCAACUCGUUAUCAGAGUCGACUCAAAAUUCGACCCUCUUGUACUUUUCUCCCUUUGUGUCUCGUUACUUCCUUUCCAGGCUGUGGUGGAAGAUGGCUGUGGUGGAAGAUGGUCUGGCGCCCUUUUUACUCACGUACAUCUGCAACUCGUUAUUCGUGCUCUACAUCCCCGUUGUAGAGCUCUGGUGGUACCUCUUCGGAAAGGACGAGCCUGGAAGUGGCUCUUUCAAAAGCAAAACGGGCAGCAGAAAGGGCGAUUCAGCAGGUCGUUCUGGGGGGAAAAGCAGCAGCAAGAGCAAUGAUGGUGGUGGUAACAUGGUAACCAGUAUCAGUAUGAUAAAAAAGAAGAAAAGGGAGGGCGGGGAUGGAGCGGAGGAAGAGAGAGGGUUGUUGGUAGAAGGGGAGAAGGCGAGGGGAUUGGGGGAUUUUGGAGAGGAGGGGCGCCUUGAGGGGUUGAUGGGGGAAGAAGAGGAAAAUAAGAAGGGAAAAGGUGUACAGGGAGGGAUGCUGGGGAUAGUGCAUGGGCGAGACGAGAGGGGUGGGUUGGAGGGGCAGGGGGAGAAGGGGGAGCAGGGGCAGCAAGGGGAACACGAGAAACAGGAGAAACAGGAGGAGCGGGAGGAGCAGGGGGAGCGGAAGGAGCAGGGGGGGCGGAAGGAGCAGGGGCAGCUGGGGCAGGAGGGGCAGCAGGGAGCGCAGGGACAAGGGGGAUUGGUUAAGGCAGUUGAAGGGCGAGUCCAACACCAUUCUCAGCUGCACGGCAACCCUCUUCACCUAUGCUCUCUCCGUCUACCUCCUUCUCCUCUCUUUGCUAACCCCCCCCUCCCUUCUCCCCCCCCGUCAACCAUUCCAACACCAUUCUCAGCGGCACGUCAAGCCUCUUCACCUUUGCUCUCUCGGUCUACCUCCUUCACGAGCUCGUCAAUUUUCCAACUCCCUGGCUUGCCCCUUAUCCCCUUCCCCCCUUCCCUCCAGUCCAUCACCAUUCUCAGCUGCACGUCAAGCCUCUUCACCUUCGCCCUCUCCGUCUGCCUCCUUCACGAGCACUUCUGUCUACGCAAGCUGCUCUCCGUGCUGCUCUGUGUGGCUCUCUGCUGUGCUGCUCGGUGCUGCUCUCUGUUCCUGACUCCCCACACCCACUUCUGCCUCUCCUCCCCGCUCCCUCCCCUCCUCCCCUCCUCCCCUCUCCUUCCCCCCCCCCUUUCCCCCCACCCCCUUCCCCUCCAGUCCAACACCAUUCUCAGCUGCACGUCAAGCCUCUUCACCUUUGCUCUCUCCGUCUACCUCCUGCACGAGCGCUUCUGCCUGCGCAAGCUGCUCUCCGUGCUGCUCUGUGUGGCUGGCACCGCUGUAGUCGCCCUGGCAGACCAAGCCCAGGCGAGCAACACCCUAAACGCCGCACUUAGCAACCUAAGCGCCAGCGGCGGUUUCAACAGCAGCAGCAGCGGCGGCGGUGGUAGCAGUGGCGCAGGGCUAAGUGGCAGUGGGAAUAGCACAGGUUUAAGUGCCGGUGGUGGUGGUGGGAGUGCGUUUGAUGCUGCAGCUGUGGCAGAGGCGAGUGCAGCAGUUGCGAGUAACGCAAGGGAGAGUCUGUUUGGCGAUGUGCUGGUGCUAAUGUCAGCGGGUUUCUACGCUCUCUAUACCACCAUGCUACGGUCUUUCACGCCUGCUGAAGGCGGGUUUGAGGAGAUGGGCGAGGAGGAAGGGACGGAGGGAGGGGAGGAGGGAGUGAGAAGGGGAGGGAGGGGAGAGGAGGAGCGAGGGGAGGAGGGACGGGUGGAAUCGGGAGGUUGGGGAUUUGAUGUGGCUGGAGCAGGGAGCGGGAAAGCAGAGGUGGAACAGGAGGAAAAGCCGGGAGAGGAAAGGGAAAUAGAAGAGCACAAGGAGGAGAAAGGGGAGGGGGAGAAGGUGGGGAAAGGGGAGGAGGAAGGAGACGAGCAAAAGGAUGGGGAGGGGAAGGGCGUAAGGAAGAGGAGGGAUGCAGAAGAGGAAGGAGGAGAGGAGGAGGAAGAGGAGGUACCGUUCAGCACAGCGCUCAUGUUUGGGUAUCUGGGACUCUUCAACCUCUUCCUGCUGGCGCCCGUGGGGCUGCUGGUGCAGUGGGUGCGAGGAGAGUGGUUCGCCUGGCCCGAUGCCUCUCAGUGGGCUCUAGUCAUCGCCAAAGGUCUGCUGGACAACGUUUUGAGUGACUACCUCUGGGCGCGAGCUGUCCUCCUCACCACCCCCACCGCCGCUACAGCCGGGCUACAGAUUCAAAUUCCUAUCGCCCUCACUGUAGACAGCUGGAAGGCCAACAGCCUUCCAGACACUGUUCACAUGGUCGGGGCGGCGUUGGUUGUCCUGGGGUUCCUGGGGAUUAAUUCUUUCGUGACGUUUGAUUGGCUGGGGGAUGUGGGUGCUGCCGAGCGGUGGCUUUUGGAUCGGUGUAAAGCGGUGGGAGUAGUUGUUAGGGGGUUGGUGGCAGCAGUGGGCGAAAUUCUACAGGGGAUGAUUGAUAGGGUGGUGGGGAGGCGGAGGGGUGGGGAAUUGGAAGGGCUUUUGCAUUGUGAGGAUCGGGGGGUGGCAGGAGGAGCAGAAUCAACUCAGGUGGAAAAGCAUGUGUUUGCAAGUGUAGCAGAUAUUGUAGGAGAGAAGGUACCUGUAUAG